GUUAUGCGAGUAAAUAAAAAAUUGAUAAAAGAGAAAAAAAAAAAACUCAAAAUCUCCAAUGAAGGCUGGGAUUCACCGUUGUCCGGCCAAGCUACGUAGCAACGACGCUUUCAAUGUGUAGUUAAACUUCCCGAACUGUCUAAGCGGCGAGCUGAUUUCAACGGCAACAGCUUUAGCUUUGAAUUCUGCUUUUAAUGUUAGAGACGUGACCGAUAAGGACUAGAUUUUGUUCUGAAAAGGUUAAUCUUUGGGUGGAAAAGUAUAGCCUCCUCCCGCAUCAUUUAUAUACAUACACUGAGGAAGGGAACGGAGAAUCAUGAUGAUGAUGAUGAGUUCUGAUAGCAUGGACUGCUCCAUGGAAACAGAAGAAGAGAGCUUUAAAGGCAAUGAGAUAGAGAAGACCAAAAUAAGUCUUAUGAGAACUUUGGUCGAAACACAAGAUCCCUCUUCCAAGGAAGUAGAUGAUUUGACAUUCAGAAGAUUUCUGCGAGCUCGUGAUUUAGAUGUAGAGAAAGCAUCUGCCAUGUUCCUUAAGUACCUGAAGUGGAGACGAAACUUUGUUCCAAACGGUUCCAUAUCUCCGUCAGAAGUUGCACAUGAAAUUGAACAGAACAAGAUGUUUCUGCAAGGAUCAGACAAGAAAGGACGACCCAUAGCAGUUGUUCUUGGUGCAAGACAUUUUCAACAUAAAGGGGGUGCGGAAGAAUUCAAGCGUUUUAUAGUCUACACUUUCGACAAAAUAUUUGCUAGGAUGCUUCCAGGACAGGAGAAAUUCGUUGUUAUCGGAGAUCUUGAAGGUUGGGGCUAUGCAAACAGCGACAUCCGUGCAUACCUUGCAGCUCUAUCUCUCGUGCAGGACUACUACCCUGAAAGGCUUGAAAAGCUCUUCAUAGUUCAUGCACCGUACAUAUUCAUGACAGCUUGGAAGAUUGUUUACCCUUUUAUCGACAACAAAACCCGGAAGAAGAUCGUAUUUGUUGGGAACAAGACGCUCAAAUCAACUCUGCUUGACGAGAUAGACGAAAGCCAGCUCCCAGAAACGUAUGGUGGCAAACUGCCAUUGGUUCCAAUUCAUGACUGCUAAACACUAUUUAUGAACUGCAGAGUGCAAUAGUCUAAACACUAUUUUAUUUUAUUUUAAUUUUUAUUCUUAUAUUAUAUAUUUAUUUUAAUUAUAAUAUUAUAAAAUAUUUUUAAUAAAAUAAUAAAGUUGAAAGGUAAAAUUAUUUUUAA